AUGGCAGAGAAGGUGCAUCGAGUGGCGGUGGUGGGCGGCGGCAUAUCGGGGCUGGCGGCCUGCCGCUUCGUACAGAAGCGGCUGCAGGACAGCUGCAGUAGCGGCAGCAAGCGCAUCAUUUUGAUCGAGCAAGGACAGCGGCUGGGCGGCUGGCUGCACUCCCUACGCACGCCCGAGGGCUUCGUCUUCGAGGCCGGACCCUCCAGCAUUCGUACGGUGGGAAGCAAGGGGCGGGCGACGCUGCGUCUGGUGGACGAGCUGGGCCUCCGACAGCACGUGGUGCCCUGUUCUUCGCUGGCCAUCAAGAACAGGUACCUGUACACAAACGGGAGCCUGCUGCGCCUGCCCAACCACCCACUCAAGGUGCUGGGCUCCCCGCUCAUGCGCAGCGCCGUGUUCGCCUUCCUGCGCGAAUGGACCGUGCCCCGAUCCCAGCAACCCGAUGAAUCCAUCCACUCGUUCUUCACGCGUCGGUUCUCCCCGGUGGUGGCCGACACCCUCACCGACGCCCUGAGCAUCGGCAUUUUCGGUGGUCGGUCGCAGAGCCUGUCGAUCAAGUCCUGCUUCCCGUUCCUGCACGAAUACGAACAAAAGUACGGCUCGAUCGGGCUCGGCAUGCUGCGCGAGAUGCUGGCCUCGCGAUCAGGGCAGGAAAAGAACGAAAAGAACCAAAACACGAAAACAACAAAGAACGAAGCGGCGGCGGAGGAGGAGGAGGAGACGGACGAGGGGUACCUCUCGCCGGCCGUUCAAGAGAUGCAGAAGAUGCAGGUCUACUCCUUCCGCGAGGGCGUCGAGACCCUGUCGCGCGCUCUGGAGCAGAAGAUCCGGGAAGACGAGCACACCGACAUUCUACUCAACACCGCCGUCGAGCGCAUGGACCAGGAGCGGGAUGGUACGAUGUCGCUCAGCCUGGGACACGGCAUGACGGUGCGAGCGGAGAAGGUCAUCUCCGCUCUGCCCUCCCACGCCCUCGCCCACUGCCUGCGCCACCACCCGACCCUCGAGCAAGACAUGCUCAAGAUUCCCUUCGCGUCGCUGGCGCUCGUGCACCUCGCCUACACGGAACCGCUGCUCCCGGCGGGUGUGGAAGGGUUCGGCUAUCUCGUGCCCGCGAUGGAGAAGCAGCCCAUCCUCGGCGUGCAGUUCAACUCCUCCGCAUUCCCCCAGCAGGAUCCUCAGCCCGGUUGUACGCGGUUCACGGUGAUGAUGCGGGUGGAGAAGGGCCAAGAGAAUCGCACCAAGGACGAGUGGCAGGCCAUCGCGCUGGACAGCCUGCAGCGCCACCUCCGGCUGCCGCCGGCCAAGACCGCAGCCCUGGCCUCGCCGGCGCGGGUCAACGUGAGCGUCGACCUCAACGCCAUCCCGCAGUACGUCGUGGGCCACGCGGCGCUGGUCGACUCCAUCCGCGGCGCCCUGCAGCGCGACUUCCCCUCGCUCCACCUCGUGGGCAACUCCUGGGGCGGCGUCGGCGUCAACGAUUGCGUGGAGAACGCCUGGCGGACCGUCCAUCGCCUCCAGCUCUGA